GAUUCGUCAUCCUCUUCCUCAGACAGCGAAGAUGACGACUACGAUGACGCUCAAGCCGCCUUCCUGAAGCGCAUCGAGUCCCUCAACAACGCCGCUGAGGCUGCAGCAUCCAAGGGAAAAAAGAGCCGCGAAGAGAUUGAGCACGAAAGAGACCUCGAAAUUGCGAAAGCCACACGCGAGAAGGAAGCAACUGAACUCAAGAUCGCGCGGAAGCAGUCCAGACAUACGCAGAGAAGGGAAAUGAGGAACAGGAAACGCGAGUUGACACGUGAAUACCGGCAGAAGAAGAGGCAACUGAGGGAGCGGGAUGAGGGAAAGGGCAAGGGCAAGGGGAAGGCAAAGAAAGGAAAAGAGUGGAAGGGGCUUAAGAAUGAGUACAAGACGAAGAAGAGGGCAUUGAAAAGGGAAAGGAUUGAUGCAAAGAGAGAGUGGAAGAGGGAGAGACGUGAGGGGAAGAAUAGCCGUAAAGAG